AUGACCCCAAGUUUCAAAAGCAACUCAGGUGAACGACAGGAUCGUCGGACAGUUACCAAGGUCGACCAGAAGAGUCGCCCUGUAGCUCCAUGGGUGUCCCGUAUGAGGGAACAAUGGGUCUCGGAGACGGUCUCGGAGACGGUCUCAGAGACGGUUAAGGCAGCUAACUGCCUCUUUGGUGCAGUGGUUGGCCCAGGAGGCUCCACCGUGAAGGACCUUCAAGACACACAUAAAGUCCGGGUGCGUAUCCCUCGCAAGGGGUCAAAGGAUGAGCCCAUCGUCGUCGAAGGAAAAAAUAAGACUAAAGUCAAGGAAGCCGUCCUCCACAUACGGUCUUUGAUUGACCAAGAGGAGCGGCGUCAGGUCAACAACACCCCUGUAACACAAAUUCUCUGCAUCCCUAAGGCCCUACACGGCAAGAUAAUUGGUCAUCAGGGCCAAAAUAUUCGGUACUUUACCCAAACUUACAAUAUUAAAAUAAGAGUCCCUAAAAAAACUGAGAAAAGUAAUCAAAUAACCAUCACAGGCCUGGCUGACCGGGUGGAGGAGGGGGUACGUAGCCUCCUUAGCCUGGUGAACAGCUUCCCCCAAUGA